AUGGAGUCCGCCGUGGACUCAGCGUCGACCGCGAGUGAGGUUAGCGGUUCAUCCGGGGGUUCGCCGAGGGUUAAGGCUGCUUCUCCAGCGCGCGCCAUCAGCCCGCCACAACUGCUGCAGCACAGAAUGCAGCUCCCGCCGCCCGGUUUGGGCCUGUUGGGCUCGUUGCAAAUGAUGCACCAUUCGCCUCUCGAGCUGAUGGCGGCGGCCCAUCACCACGGCCCGCCACGGUACGGCAGCCCUCCGCCUAUUUCCACGUCCGACCCGUCAGCUAACGAAUGCAAGCUGGUCGACUACCGCGGUCAGAAGGUCGCCGCGUUCAUAAUUCAGGGCGAUACCAUGUUGUGCUUGCCGCAGGCGUUCGAACUGUUCUUGAAACACUUGGUGGGCGGGCUACAUACGGUGUACACGAAACUUAAGAGACUGGACAUAGUGCCGCUGGUGUGCAAUGUAGAGCAGGUGCGGAUCUUGCGUGGCCUCGGUGCCAUCCAGCCCGGCGUCAACCGCUGCAAGCUGCUCUCCUGCAAGGAUUUCGACGUCCUCUACCGCGACUGCACCACAGCAAGGUACGUUUCUCUUAAUAUAGCUCCUUUAAAUUUCUACACAUUCCUAAUUGAAGUAGUUUUAUUUUGUUAA